AUGUCCGCUCCCGGCCAGCACCCGCCAAAUAACCUCAACAAGCAGAUGCAAGUUUCGCAAGAAGGAGCCUUUUCCAACGCGUCUCAGCCCACGAACGGCAUCAUGCAGCUCAUGCACCACGCGACCGAACCCAUGGAGGGUGUCAUCGAACACGCGCCUCAGCCGGCGGACGGAGUAGCCUUUGGAGGUGCGCCUCAUCCGCAGAACCAUGCCGACGAGCACUCGUUUCCGCAACAAAGUAUCUCAGACCAAGGCACCCAUCUACAGAGCGGUCGCGUCGAUUCUGCGUCUCCGCAGACCAUGGGACCCGUCGCAUACAACCAUAACCCGCAGAGUUUCACUUUCGGCGAGCAGUCUUUUCCGCCGAACCCAUACCAGCAGCAUAUAGUCAACAACUAUGCGAGCACCACCGGCAGUGCGCAGGAAGGUCAGGACAACGCUGGUAGUCAAGAGUCUGCGUCUUCGUCUGGCGCAUUCCAGAAUCCGCCGCACCAGCUGAAUGGCCAACACCGCCAGAUGCAAGCUUUUGACGCGCACGAGGCAUUGAGCUCGCAGGCUAGUGAUGCAACUCAAGACCCAGUUAGGGCAGCUGACGCGCCCAGCGUGCAAAACAGGGCCACCCAUCACAGGUCUGAAUCGAUGGAGGGUAUCAUCAACAACGCGCCUCAGCCUCAGAACCGAGCUUUCGAACACAGCACCCCGUCUGAAUCGCAAGAGACCGACUUCAGCUAUCAACAGUUGAGUGAUGGUCCAGGCAGUGUAUCCUCUCCAAGCAAGAGCAUUGAGAACGGACAAGGGGAGGAUAAUACGACUGAGACACUCCGCGAGCUCCGUAAGGUCGCAUAUACCAUCGCACAUCCGCCAAAGAGCGCCUUCCAGACUUUCAGGAUUAUUCGUUCUUUCUUGAGGAGGCAGUUUCCCCGACACUUCCGCGCUGACAAGAGGAUCAUCAAGGUGGGCUCACCACUGAUUGCUCUUGGUCGAGAGAGGCUCAAUGUCUCAGAGCUUAUGUGGAAUUCGAUGAUGGAGGAGGAUAUUGCGACUCGGCCUGAGAUGCCGAUAAAGAUUGAGCAGAGGCAGAUUGUGCGCUGCGAUGAGCAGCAUAGCCUGGAAGACCACUCCCCCGCCGGAACUGCCUCUAUCGCGUGCGCCAAGUGUCCGCCACAGAAAUUCGACUCAGAAAAAAACCCCAGUAGCCGCUACUUGAUGUGCUUGGCAUGCAUCGGACAGCAUGAGAAGGCGCUCGCCGAACACAACCCCACGCUUGCCGGCCUCAUCCGCGGUAGUGCAUGGGCACGUCUUUGUGAAGAUUGCCAGGAGAAAUGCAACCAGUUCAAGCCGUGCAGUUGCGAAUGGGAAGUUCCUCUCUGCCUCGACCAUCGCCGAAAGCAUCUGGAGGAGUUGAUGUCGCGGGCCCAGGCUGACGGGUACAUACUGCCUGCGCCGAUGUUUCCGCUUGAGGACCUUAAGGAUACGGAUCCUAUGAUUGAGGGUCGUGCGAUUGGAAAAGACGAGCUUGCGGACCCUUAUCUUGCGACCCACGAGUUCCGUCCAUGGUGCGGUCACUGCUGGCACAACGACGCUACUAUGGGCAUCCCAUACGCGUGGAAGUGCUUCAUAUGCAUGGGUUACUUCGUCUUGCCAGAGGACGUCCUUUCGGCUUGGUUUCCACACAUGGCUCCUCCCGAGAAGAAUAGGAACUGCGAAGAGGAGACUGAGGAGACGUUCCAGGAGGGAUCAUCGGCGAGCACGGAUUUCGACUUCACGCUUUAG